UUAGCUGAAGAUUUGUCUGCAUGUUUGAGCGGUGCGCAUGCCUGCUGAACGCGUUCAGGGUCAGAUAUUGUCAAAGAAACCACACACGGUAAUACAGAGCUAAACAAAGCGUCGGAACAUAAUCUCUCAGUUGUAGUUGAAAGCAGCGAGUUUAUUUCUCUAGAAUCAUCUAGAUCUAGAUUGGCCUCUAAAUCUAGAUCUGUGUUUUGAACAACCGGAUUGUGGAUACGUUACAAGUUUGAUCACGUGACCUGAAUGAAACGACUGACCUGCUGCGGUCUGCUGGCGCUGGUGUGGGCGUCCUACGGCCUGAAGGAGAGUCAGGGAAUUCCAGAACACACGACUGGGCCAGUUCUAAAGGCGAGACGUGGCCCGCAGUUAGCUGGGGAGCAUGGCCAGCGGCCCAAAGUUGAGGCCCAGUCCAGCUACGACUACCAAGGCCAACCAAAAGUUGGACGAAAACUGGCCGAGAAACUGGAGGUGGUCAGGCUAGCCAACGUGCCAGCUGACGACUUCCAGCCCGGGGUAGAGACUGACACGGACGACCCUGAUGGAAUCUUCCACCCGCUGGACGAGCUCAAGGCCAUGAGGCCUGGCCCGGGGGUCAUGUGGAGGGACCAGAUGCCCAUAGCGGCCGACACUAAGAGCAGCGAACUCAGGAGGAGGCGACGAGACCGGUCACGGCUUCCGGCAAAAGAGAAAACACACAACACGAUGACGUCACCGGAAGUAAGCAUCACCGGAAGUGGUCAUAAUGAAGACACAAAUGGCAAUCACCGUAGCCGUUUCAUGAAGCGGCAAAUUUUAGAAAGUUCGGGGGUCAAGUGGUCAUCUGGUCCAACCAACGCUACAGCAGUCGGGAAACAUGAAGAUACAACAGUCGGGAAACACGCACCCAAAGUGGCCAACCCUGCCAACCCUGCCAACCCUUUUGCCCGGAUGCUAAUGUACGCCCGUGGAAUGAGAAAAGCUAAAAAUAGAAAGUCUCAACCAAUCAACUCGAGCCACACUACGUCAUCAGAUCACGUGUACAGGAAGCUGCCGGGGAACAUAGGAAGGGGGGAGAAACAGACGCGUCAGGAGGACGAGGACAUCGACCGGCUGAGAAAAGUUUUACUUUCUACCAGAAACAAUCUGGAACACGUGGCCCAUCUUCUGCUGGGGUCUGUGGGGGGAGAUCUCCAGUCACGUGACUUAGUCCAGUCACAUGACUUAGUCCAGUCACAUGACUUAGUCCAGUCACAUAACCAGCACGGCGCCGACAGGAAAACGAAUAGAAAAACGGCAUUGUCCGCCAACUUUCCUGAGGUGGCGCCAAAUGGGAUGACGACAAACUUGAGUGAGUGGCCAACAGACGGACACACGCUGACCUUGGGCGCCAGACAAAAGAAGGUCAAGGUGAGCGACAAAGGCAACGCGACAUCCACCAGAGACCACGGGAGGGUCGCCAGGCAGGCGGUAGACGAUGGUGACGAUGAUGACGACGAUGACGAUGACGACAUCGUCAACGACAGCGUGGACGACGACGGCGCUGAAGAUGGCGGCGAUACGGUUGAUGAUGACGACGAUGAUGAUGAUGAUAACAGCCCAGGCAUUACGUCAUCAGAUGCAGCAGACGACCCUUCACCGGAUGACCCCAGUGUCGACGAUAACGACAACGACGAUGAUGAAACCGUCGCCGUGGUCGAUUCCGAUAGCGUUGAUGGCUUGGUAGAUGAUGACGAGCCUUCAACUGGUCCAAUCGCUGAAACACCGAGUGAGGUCAAGGACGUUUCCAACGAGCUGCAGGACAUUGUGGACGUUGCCAUGGUUACGCCCGCCCCUGGGCUGCCGGUCCUCAAGAAAAAGACCUUUGACCCGAAAGCGUUUCGUGACCUCGAGCACAAGCUGGAGAAGAUUGAAGAGGACAUUCGCAAGAAGGAGGAGAUAGAGGCCCCUCUUAUCGGCGGCCCCGUGCUGGGUGCCCCAAAGUUUGGCAAGACCGACACGGCCCUGGAGCGUCAACUGAGGCAGGUCGAGGCCCAGCCGGUCAAUCAGACGACCGGCAAGCAUCGCGCAGCACCGGAAGUUGUGUACGAUGACGGAAGUGACGACACAGGAAGUGACGAGGACAGAAGCACGCCAGGAGAUUCCCCACCGGCUGACCUGAAGCCAGAGGAGAGGACGUUGGAGGAGGACACGGGGCUGUCCACGGCUGAAAUCAUUCAAGCGGAACAAAUGAUCCAGAAGGGGAUGGAGACUGGUCAAGUUGGUGACGUCAUGAAAAGGGCGUCGCUAAAAAAGAAAAAAAGUUUCAGAAAAAUCAAGGCAGCACUUGAAGAUGUAGAAGAUGAGGUCGGUGAUGGUGGUGAGGGGAACGAGAGAGGUGAUGGCGGCGGGGGCAGUGAGGGGGACGGAGGAGGUGAUAAAAAACGUCGGAAAAAAAGGAUGAGUCACGACUUUAAGCGGACCCGGUAUAAGCGAGCAGAGGGGGCAGCGUCACAUGACCAGUUGUCUUUAGCUCAAAUCUUAGCUCGUAUUCAAUCUCUUCGUAGGCAACAAGCUCAGAGCUUAAACUCGACCAUAAAAAAACCGUUACUGAGGGAGGAACAAGCCCCCAACUUGACACACACGUUGGCGGUUAGUGGCAAGGGAAACAACUGGAGCAAAGUUGGAGGGAGGUCACGUGGUCGAGUUGUGCGCCCACAUCUCAAGCCAAAAGGUGAUCGUCGUGUGUUUGAUACAAGGGCAAGUCCUAGAGUACAUGGGAUAGAAGUCAACAUGGACACAUCUAGAAACAUGGACACAUCUAGAAACAUGGACACAUCUAGAAACAUGGACAGAAACAUGGACACAUCUAGAAACAUGGACACAUCUAGAAACAUGGACACAUCUAGAAACAUGGACAGAAACAUGGACACAUCUAGAAACAUGGACACAUCUAGAAACAUGGACACAUCUAUAAACAUGGACACAUCUAGAAACAUGGACACAUCUAGAAACAUGGACAGAAACAUGGACACAUCUAGAAACAUGGACACAUCUAGAAACAUGGACACAUCUAGAAACAUGGACACAUCUAGAAACAUGGACACAUCUAGAAACAUGGACACAUCUAGAAACAUGGACACAUCUAGAAACAUGGACACAUCUAGAAACAUGGACACAUCUAGAAACAUGGACACAUCUAGAAACAUGGACACAUCUAGAAACAUGGACACAUCUAGAAACAUGGACACAUCUAGAAACAUGGACAGAAACAUGGACACAUCUAGAAACAUGGACACAUCUAGAAACAUGGACACAUCUAGAAACAUGGACACAUCUAGAAACAUGGACACAUCUAGAAACAUGGACAGAAACAUGGACACAUCUAGAAACAUGGACACAUCUAGAAACAUGGACACAUCUAGAAACAUGGACACAUCUAGAAACAUGGACACAUCUAGAAACAUGGACACAUCUAGAAACAUGGACACAUCUAGAAAUAUAGACAGAAACAUGGACAGGAAUAUGGACACAUCUAGAAACCUAGACAUGCCUGGAAAUAUGGACAGAAACCUAGAAAUGGACAGGAACAUGGACAUGUCAAGAAACAUGGACAUGCCAAGAAACAUGGAUUACGAAGACCUUAUUCAAGUUCUUUUUGAUGAGCAUGGUCAACUUAAGCAACCUGACGAACCGUUUAAUGACGAAUCAUUUAACGACGAACGGUCAAACGUCCAUCCAUCAAACGACGAACCGUUUAACGACGAACCGUUUAAUGACGAGCCAUCAAAUGUUGAAACUGACCAAAUGAGCCACCUGUCGGCUGUCACCUCCCCCGCGCCAAAUGUUGAAACUGACCAAAUGAGCCACCUGUCGGCUGCCACCUCCCCCGCGCCAAAUGUUGAAACGGACCAAAUGAGCCACCUGUCGGCUGUCACCUCCCCCGCGCCAAAUGUUGAAACUGACCAAAUGAGCCACCUGUCGGCUGUCACCUCCCCCGCGCCAAAUGUUCUGGCUGACAGACAGACUCCCCAGCAGAGGGCGGGAAAAAACCGGACAGAACCAGCUCACAGUCUCAACAUGCAUCAACACGGUCACGUGAGAAAACGUCCUGACCUUGAGCGCGUGGCUCAGCAGACGUCAAAGAAAGGUCAGCUGUACAUGGAGAAGCAAGUCUUGAGGAAGCUAGGGGCGGGGCGAACGUUGAACCGACCCAAGAACACGAUCGAGUCCUAUCAGUCGGUCAGUCACCUGAGCACAGGUGUCCCAAACCACGUGACCAGCGAGACCCACCAUCAGGGCGGCGCCCAGGGUCAUCAGGUCAACCCCCAAGGUCAUCAGGUCAACCCUCAGGGUAAUCAGGUCAACCCUCAGGGUCAUCAGGUCAACCCCCAAGGUCAUCAGGUCAACCCUCAGGGUCAUCAGGUCAACCCCCAAGGUCAUCAGGUCAACCCUCAGGGUCAUCAGGAGAACUCCCAGGGUCAUCAGAUCAACCCCAAAGGUCAUCAGGUCAACCCCCAGGGUCAUCUGGUCAACCCUCAGGGUCAUCAGGUGAACUCCCAGGGUCAUCAGGUCAACCCUCAAGGUCAUCAGGUCAACCCGGCCAACUUUCAAAACCGGCACCGUUAUCAGGGCACCAGAAGGUCUCCCAAUGUUGAGGGGAGAAAGUUUCCUGAGUUUGCCGGAAAAUAUCGGCCUCAGUCGCACAUAUUAGAUAUUCGUGUGCCCGAAAAUCAUCUGCCGGUUCUGGAAUACCAAGGACAAUCUAAAAAUAGACAACCAAAUUCUGAUUUCCCAUCAAACACAAACGAAGAUAACGUCAUGCUUGAAAAGUUAUUGCAAACACCAGCAGACGCCAUGUUGCCGAGACAACAUCGUCUGCCCAUGAUGGAUGUACUUUACGGUAACCUUGACAACCAACAUGGGCAGGACACACUCCCCCACUUGGGGAAACAAACAGCAGCAGACGUGGAGCAGCUGUUUCCGCCUUCAUACAAACGUCAAGGUGACUCGAGAGCCAGGGGCCACCGGCCAGUAUACAGAGCCAGGGGCCACCAGCCAGUGCACAGAGAGCCAGGCCACAGUGGCCACCGGCCCGUGCUCAGAGCCAGGGGCCACCGGCCAGUGCUCAGAGCCAGAGGCCACCGGCCAGUACACAGAGACAACAGCACGACUCGCCUGGCCCACGUUUCUGGCUUUAACCUGGACAACCUCUCCAACCAGCAGUACGCCCAGCUUGUCAACGACAUCAUGGACUUCCCCAUUGAGAUCAGAAUUGACCGGCGGCUGCGCAGGUCAGCGAGCAAACUUGUAAACAAGAAGGACCCGGAGACCGCGAAAGAAGUUGAGCUGAAGCAUCAGAUGAUGGACAUGCUCAAGAUGUUCCCCGAGUCGGGCGCCGAGCGGGCGGCGGAGGACAGGCUAGAGCAGCAGGACCAACAGGAGCUGGAGCAGUCGGACCUGAGCCAGACCAUCGCCAGGCUGGACAGCCAGGACAACACGCCCUUCAUAGACACGGCGGAUGCCGGCGACCUUUUUGCCCAGAAGCACCGCAUCAGACGAAACGUCGGCAACAAGCACCACAGCAAACGAAAUAUCGAACAGAAGAAUACAGGUGAGGCUAACUUUAAUAGAACUUUUAAAACCGAUUUAUUGUCGUCUAGAUACAGCGGUCAACCAUCUACAGGGAACCAACCAUCUACAGGGAACCAACCAUCUACAGGGAACCAACCAUCUACAGGGAACCAACCAUCUACAGGGAACCAACCAUCUACAGGGAACCAACCAUCUACAGGGAACAAACCAUCUACAGGGAACCAACCAUCUACAGGGAACCAACCAUCUACAGGGAACCAACCAUCUACAGGGAACCAACCAUCUACAGGGAACCAGUCCACUCACAUUAGCGCCAAGCCUCAGCCCUCGGGUGGAGGGCCGCCCAGUAGUGCCACCAGGAGCAGACGAUUCACUCCUCUGGUAGAGAGCGAGGAGCCAGAGAAAGACGUGGCAGUCCGGAACGAAAUCCUGGACAAAUGGAGCGCCGACAUGAGCGUCAAGAGCGACUUUGACGGGGAGCCAGCUUUCUUCAACAAAAUUCCUUACCUCCUGGAGAAGGAGAGCAUCGUCUCGCAGAAACUAGCGCAGGUCCUAGCAGAGACUGACGACCCCAUCUCCUUCAUAUACAACAGCGAGGACAAGACAAAGGACCUGAGGGACCUGUCUGAGUCAGGGAUCUCCGCCAUGCCCCGGGGUCUGCUGACGUCAGAGACUGACCUCAAGGUGUCCCGUGUGGAGAUGGAGGACGCACAGAAGGAUGACGAGGCCGCCGAAGAUUUGGCAGUUUUACAUUACGACCAGGACCUGCGGGACCACGAGGAGAUUAAAGUAGAUGUAGAGGACUACAUCGACGAGGGGGAGGACGGCUACAUAGACGAGGGGGUGGAGGAGUUUGGGGACGACCCCACGGGCGAAAAUUCCGAGGCCAGGCUGAUUGAGGGUGAGACGGUCGAGGACUACGUGGGGGACAAGUACGAGAUGGCGCAGUACGGCAAAGUCUUUGACGUGCCGGUCGUCAAGAAGUUCCCGACAGACGAGGAUGCCAGCCCCAAGAAUCCAAGCUUGAGGCGACGACGUGAGACACACCCAGGGAGGUACACCCCACCCCCCGGGCCACCCCCUGUGACAGCACAAGAAGAUGUUGAGAGCAAAGCGAGGAAUAUUGAGGCCAUUUUGAUGGAUGACGUCACGGAGCCGACACCCCUGGGUGAAGAUGAUGAGAAGCAAGUGGAGGAGAACGGCGACGAAACAGAGAGAGAAAAAGUUGUGGAGGACACGGGCAUGUCGCCAGAGAUGAGGGAAGAGAUGGAGAGAAAGGCGAUGCUGCUGGAAGAGGAAGAGAAGUUGGAGGCUGAGAGAGAAAUGCUGAUAGAGGCAGAGGAGGAGGUGAGGAGGAUGGAGGAGGCUCAAAAACUGGAGGCCCUCAAGGAGGAGAGGGUCAAUACAACAUGGCGGAUGGACAGUGACGUCAUUCAGGCCAACACCAGCGAUGACGAGAAUUUAUUUGAGACGUUGGCUAACGUCACGACCAAACCUGCUGCUGACGUCACGACCAAAUCUGCUGCUGAAGUCACGAGCACAGUUGACGUCACUGGGGAUGGUGAGGAUGGGGAGAUCCCAUCACGUGACAUGAAGCACGUGAGCCAUGACGUCAAACCGAGGCCGCCUGGCAUUGAGGACUACCGUGAUGAGGAGGCUGACAUAGAACUGGAGGUCAAGGACGACAGAGGGCGGGUGGAGGAGGACGUGGCAGACGACAGCAGAGAUGAAGCUGAGGACACACCACAGACCAACAGUGAGGAAGAUGAGGAUGGGAUAGAGUUGGACGACAAAAAUGGAAAGAAAGAGGUGGAAGACGAAGUCGCUUUCCUUGAAGAAGAUCUGACGACCAAAAAGACAGUGACCUACUCCUGGGCAGACUGGAGCGCAUGUAGCGCCACCUGUGGGGUCGGGCAGCGCUUCCGGUUUAACCGCUGUCCCAACGGUGCCCCGUGCAUGGGGAAACUGGCCAGUGAAGAGAUAGAAGUCUGCUCCGAUAGGGACUGCUAGCAGAGUCACGGGGCUCACGGGGAUACACGUCCAGAUGGGCGCGUCUAUGGUGGUGACACACCUCUCGAAGUGACACACCUCUCGUGGUGACACACCUCUCCUGGUGACACACCUCUCGUGGUGACACACCUCUCGUGGUGACACACCUCUCGUGGUGACACACCUCUCGUGGUGACACACCUCUCGUGGUGACACACCUCUCGUGGUGACACACCUCACGUGGUGACACACCUCACGUGGUGACACACCUCUCGUGGUGACACACCUCUCGUGGUGACCAUAUUCCCUGUGUGGCUGAUGGCGAAGACCCAGAACUGUCAAGCCACUGGAAGAACACGUCCACAUUUGUUGUGUAGCUACCGUGAUGGUAGCCUACCGUGAUGGUAGCCUACCGUGAUGGUAGCCUACAGUUAUGGUAGCCUACCGUGUUACAAAUUACAUUGCUACACGGCUACCCCGUCAAGUCAAUAUCCCGAGUUGUUACUUCAGUAUUUAUACAAAUUGUAAUAUUUUAAAAUUU